ACAACAAUGCUAACUGAGGAGAGGAAAUAAAACCCCCUUGUGCUUGAAGUAGGUUGGUAGUGAAACAAACAGCUGCUGACAUCAUGUGAAACUGGACAUUUAGUGAAGGCUAGCUAGAGCGAACCCAGCCCAACCAGAGAGCUGGCCAGCGGGACUUCUCACAUGCAAGGAAUUCUAAUGAAACCGUAUAAGACAGUUUACAGGGGCUGAAGAGAAGAUUUGUUAUUUGUUUAUUCACUGUGCGUUGAGGAGCUGGGGGCUGAAUUUUUGCACACCUGGUGGCAAAAGGAUUGUAAAUUCAAAACAGCACAGGGAAAGGUGUUAUGAAGACUGCAGUGGUUGGGAGAUGAUGGAGGUGGAGUCUGCUUAUUCGGAUUUCAUUUCCAGCGAUCGGACUGGUCGCAGGAACGCAGUGCCUGAUAUCGAGGUGGAUGGCUCGGCGAUUGGGACUAGCGAGGUCACCAAAGACCUGGCACAGAUGGAGCUGAAGACUCAAGAAGGGGAAGGAACAGCAGCCUCACAAGUUCCUGGCAGUAAUUUGACAGAGCAGCAGGAGGGACAAGAUGGAGACAAGCCCUCCUAAUUAGUAUUCCUCAAAGAAAGUAAAUUAUUCUUUAGCAGCCAACUUGCUGUCCAGGGUUCUCUCCAGACAAAGACUCAAACAGCACAAUAAAAGACUUUCACAGAGGGACUUUACCCAGCGGGGUCUCUUGGGUAAAGAUGAAGUUUCCCACAUCGGAAGAUAACGAAAAAACAUAUUGAAGUUUUCUGAUGUUUACUUUGCAUCUCGCAGAAAGAAGCUCCACUUCCGGGAUCGUGCCUUGACACUACACCUGCAUUAACGCACAGAGUGGACCAACUGUUCUCAACAUUUUGGGCAGAUUUUUCUCCACUUAAAAAAAGAUGAUAUGCUGUACACAACCAACUGCUUUUCCAGGAUGCAUCCCCCAAAAUAAUCCUGAAACGUAUGAAAAAGCAUUCAAAAUAAUUGUAUUUUUUUUCUCUCUUGUUUCACCUUGGUAACUGCCUUUUAAUAUCAUGAAUAUUCUGUGUGUGUUACUACAGUUUAGGGGAAGAAAUGUUUGUUUUGGAAAAGCAUACACUGAAAUGUUUUGAAAUACAAUGUUUUAUUUCUGAAAUUAAACAUACCAAACAAUGUAUUUGAAAAAAAAACAAAAAAACGUUUUUGUGUUUCUUUUCACUUGAAAGUUCAAUAUUAUCCUGUGGUACCUUCCUCCACCUGGAAUUCAUGCAUUCUCACACACACACACACACUCAAAGCAUUAAACACAACAGGUCCUGUUCACAAACUGUUUUAUGAAUACACUACAUAGAAGGUACUCCAUGAACGAACGUGGAGCACUGUAGCUAUUCCACAAAUGAAGAAGACUUAAUAACCAACAGUGGGGGUGUGGACAGCAAACCUCAUGAGUGAAAUAAAACACUGGAUUAACAUUCAUGGAGUAUUCUGUUUAUAAAACAAGCACAGUUGUGGCCAA